UGUGAAAAUAGACAACCAGAAAUGUUAAAUAAUGAGUGUCAAAAACUUGGCCCAGAAUCGUUUUUUGAAAUGCUUAUAAGAGCCGUAAAUAAAAAUUCUUCAGAAAGCUCUUCUGCUAAUCGGUACCCAGAUGAACUAAAAAAUCUGUGCCUUUAUUUGUUUUUAACUUCAGGGCGUCUUGCAUAUGAGACUCUGGUAGCUAAUAUUCCAAACGGACUUCCUUCUGUUUCAACUUUAAGUAGAAGCUUGUCAAAAAAUUAUGAAAAAUGUGGAGAAGGAGAAUUAGCAUUUGGUCAGUUAAAAGAAUUCUUAGAAAAAAGAAAUUACCCUCUUCGGAUUUUUAUUUCAGAAGAUCAAACGGCUAUUGUGAGGCGACCGCGUUAUGAUCAAUCAACCAACCAGUUAGUAGGCUAUGUUCUUACUAAUUUGGAACACACUGGUUUUCCGAAGACGAAUCAAAACUUAAUAAAUUCAGUCUCUAAUAUUAAAAAUAUUAUAGAAAAUAGCGAUCUUGCAAAAAAUGCCUAUGUUUUUAUGGCUCAGCCUUUACAAGAUGGGGCUGCCGCAUUUUGCUUGACUUUGUUUGGGAGUAAUAACACAUUUACACAUGAAGAUGUAUUAUUAAGAUGGAAAUAUAUACAACAAGAAACCACAAAUUACAAUAUUGUAGUCGAUGGAAUUUCUUCUGAUGGGGAUUCUCGUUGCUUAAAAGCCAUGAAAAUAAUAGCCGGACUUCCUGCUUUCUCCAAACAAGAGACACCGUAUUCACCAUACUUUCAGGCAAAUUUUGACAUAAAUAAUCUAGUGCCAAUGCAAGACACAGUACAUAUUGCCACUAAAAUGAAGAACAGAUUAUUGAAUGAAAAAAUUGUGUUGAAAAUGGGAAAUUACGAAGUGUCGAAGGAUCAUCUAACCGAUUUGAUUAACACUGUUUCCAAAGACAAACAUUUAUUAUGCCUUAGUUAUCUGGAUAGUUCGGAUAAAAUGAAUUUUGAAGCCAUCGACAAAUUGUCGUCCACUCGUGUGAUCAGCUUACUAACCAGUGAUGUAUGCAAAGCUACCCGUCAGUUGCUUGUUCUCACUCGAUACAUUUUGGAUUCAUACUUGGAUAAGUCAUUAUCAAUAGAGGAAAGAGUUUACUUAAUUUGGUAUGUAACGCUCUUUUUACGUCUAUGGAGAGCUUGGAUUAAAGAACAAAGCAACUACACCUUGGCAAAAAAUUGGCUCACUCUGAAUACAUAUACUUGCAUAGAAUUAAAUGCACAUGGUUAUAUGAUCCUCAUUGAAAAGUUUAGAAGCAAUCCUGAAUUUGUGUUACCAUGGAUUUAUAGCAGCCAACCGUGUGAAAAAUUCUUUAGGCAGACGAGGUCGAUGACAUCAACUUGGUCAACUGUCGUAAAUUUUGACAUGCUGGAUUUGUUAAGAAGAAGACACAGAAUUCAAGCUAUAAAUAGUAUAAUAAACGAUUCAGGAGACAAAUUCGUGUUCCCCAGAGAGAGAAACAAGAAGCUAGGUGCUAAUUUAAGAAACAAAGAAACAUUUAUUCCGCCAACCGAAGAAUUACGAAAUGUUAUAAUAAAAGCCAGAGAUGAUGCAGUCAAUGAUUGUAAAAUACUAGGAAUAGAUAUGUUAGAAAAUCAGUGGGAGGCAGCUUUAACGGAAGUCUCUAUUCCAAAGCAAGAUGAUUCUGACCAUACAGACAGCAAUUUUUUGCUUCAAUCCAAUGUUACCUCGACGGCACUUCAAGAUGAAGCAGAACAAUUAUCAGAAACCCAAUUAACCGCAAAUGAAGAAGAUAUACAAGAUAUUAACAAAGAUGAAGAGAUUUUGCAAAAUUUUACAUCCUUAGAUAUAAAAGACCUAAGCGGAUGCAAAACAGACAUAUCAGACAUCUCUUUAAUCAAAAUUAAAAUUAAUGAUAAAGAAAUGGUAGUUAAAAAAUCAACUUUAUGUUGGCUGUUUUUCAAAAGAAAAGGACGCUUGUCGAGCGAUAGGUUAAUUCGAUGCAAAGCUAUGAGUGGACCAACGAGUUCCUCAAAAAAAAGAACAUCAGGUAUUAAUCAAAAAAUAGGCAAAAAAUGUGUCAACAACCGGGUCAAAAACACAGAAAAUUUGAAAACUCAGAAGACUCAGCAGAAGAAGAAAAGUGAGAAUAUCUCAGAUUCUGAGACUUCAGUAAGUGAUUCGUUGUCUGUUCAUAGCGAGUUUGAGAAUGAAACCUUUUCGGAAGACGAUGAUUCUGAAAUAAGCUCGGAAGUAAGUAAUAUAAGUCGAAAUAUAAGUAUACAACAGGAAGCUUAUUAUGCAGUAUGCUACGAAAGCUGGUAUAUUGGAAGGAUCAUAAAAGUGGUAGAUAAUGCAAAAAGUGAGAUAAAGUUUUUAAAAUUAGAACUAGAUAAGUAUGUUUGGCCAAGAGAGGACGAUAAACAAAUUGUUAACAAUAAGUUCAUUUUUUAUGGUCCAGUGUCAUUAAUGGGUAAUGGACCUUUUCAUUUAAGACGAAAUGAGAAAAUAAAAAUUGAGCAAAUUUUUAAGACCAUUAAGAAAGAGCUAAAAGAGUUUUUGUAAAAUGUUUUGUUUUUUAGACAUGUUUCUUAAUAUUUUUUUUAUUAAAAUUUUUUGUAAGACAUAGGUAUUCGUUUAUUGUCUUCUACAAAACCCUUAAAAAACUGCCCGUAUUUAUUAAAAAAUCUGAUAAGGCUUCAGCAUCGCACAUAAUUGGGCGAAAAAUAACACCACACUAUCACCCCGCGCAAUCCUACGAAUAACUGUGCAAUCCAGCGAAAUCUUGCGCAAUCGUGCGAAAUCCGGCGCAAUCGUCCGAAAUCCGGCGCAAUCGUGCGAAAUCCGGCGCAAUCUUGCGAAAUCUGGCGCAAUCAUGCGAAAUCGCAAAAAAAUCAUGAGAAAUCCCAGUUUUGCGCAAUACUGUCACAAAUGUUGCUUAGUGGU